GCGCAUGCUCGCGCCCGGGUCACGGGUCAGCGCGUUUGACUGGCUGCUGGCUUCCUCCGCUCGCGGUAAAUGGCGCCAGUGGCGGGAAAGUUGAGUGUGUGGUUCGCCCAGCCUCCGGGGCGAUGUGUAGUGACUUCCGCAGGGCCGAGUCCGGGACAGAGCUCCUUGCCCGACUUGAAGGUAGAAGUUCCUUGAAAGAAAUAGAACCAUAUCUGUUUGCUGAUGAAGAUUCAUCUGUACAUGGUGAUAUUCUUGAAUUUCAUGGUCCAGAGGGAACAGGAAAAACAGAAAUGCUUUAUCAUUUAACAGCACGAUGUAUACUCCCAAAAUCGGAAGGGGGACUGGAAGUAGAAGUCUUAUUUAUUGACACAGAUUAUCACUUUGAUAUGCUUCGGCUGGUUACAAUUCUCGAACAUAGACUGUCCCAGAGUUCUGAAGAAAUGGUAAAAUGCUGCCUCGGAAGGUUGCUUCUGGUGAACUGCAGUAGUAACACCCAGCUGCUCCUCACGCUGUACUCACUAGAAACCGUGGUUUGUAGCCACCCUUCCCUCUGCCUUUUGAUCUUGGAUAGCCUGUCUGCUUUUUACUGGAUAGACCGCGUCAAUGGAGGAGAAAGUGUUAACCUACAGGAGUAUACCCUGAAGAAAUGUGCUCAGUUCUUAGAGAAGCUCGUAAAUGAGUAUCGCUUGGUUCUUUUUGCAACAACACAAAGUAUAAUGCAGAAAACCACAAACUGGACAGAAGGGCCUUCUUCUGCCUUGAACCAUCCGAGUGAGGCAGAUGCGGACUACAGACCCUAUCUCUGUAAGGCAUGGCAACAAGUAGUAAGGCAUAGAAUAUUUUUCUCCAAACAAGAGGAUUUUAAAACCAGCAACCAGUUUUCUUUGGUUUCACGUCAUUUAAAAAGUAACAGUUUAAAAAAGCAUAUUUUUAUUAUUGGAGAAAGUGGCAUUGAGUUUUGUUGAUAUGUAUCAUAAAAUAGUGUUUUUCAGGAUAUUAUGCAAAAUUUAAAAAGUCCUUAAUGGGCUAAAAUGAUUCGAUUAUAAAGCUUUAAACUCUGGGAGAAUUAAUAUAAAUGUUUCUACACAGAAUGGAAUUUUUUUUUUUUUUCCAGAAUGGAUUUCUUAAACUAGUACAGUAGAACUUUAUUCUCUUCUUCGGUUGUUGAAGAUAAAUCAAACUGGUGGUAAUAAACUGUAUAUUAAGCUUGUUUUAAAACUAAAUAAUCUACACAUGGCAGCCUAAAUAAAAUGAACUUUUUUAUAACUUUGUGUCACAUUUCUGGAAUUUAGUUAAGUACUUAAUUGUUCAGGAAAGUUUAAAUGCGUUUCCGAUUUCUCAUAUGUAACUCCUUUAGGAAGCUGUGACUUUGGAAAAUGUUCUGUAGAGCUGUUAUUUCUGCAGAGGGGAUGAAAACAAGGAGCCUGCCCAUCUGCCUUUCACACCAAAGACUGGAAAGUCAGAGCAUUCUGAUCUGAGUUAGAAUGAGUCCAAGAUGGAGUUGCAUUCUGGUUGGGUCUCUAUCAUUUUUUUUAACACAGGGAAGUAAUAUACCCAUUCAAGGAAUUCUGUGAAGAUUGUUUGGAAAUUUUCAUCUCCUCAUUAAGUGAUAGACACAUGCUAAAACUGUAUUAAAACUGUAUGUUACUAGUAUGUUCUUAGCCAUUUAGAAUAGUCCAGCCAUACCAUGAAAUGAAUCAAAUUAUUUCCAGCUGAGAGCUGGACAAGGCUCUGUGUACUUUGGCCAAGGGGUGGCCAGAGUGGGGAGCGUGCACCUCGAGAGGUACACAAGGUAAUGUAUUGUGGAGAGGAAGAAAAUCUCAGAACUUCUAUUUAUACAUUUUAAUCUAAGAAAAGAUGAAAUUGCAUCAAUAUUUGAUAUUCAGUUGACUCUGAUGCACUCAUUGAUCUGUGUGUCGGGUGGUCAUCUGUCACAUUCAUAUCUGAAGUAUCCUGUGGGGAAAGUGGAAAGAAUUGACUGAUGUUUUCGUGGGUAUGUUCAUUUAUAUGUUACCAAUUUAGUUAAAACUAACUGUAAAUUAACCUACCUAACAAAGAUUCUUUUUAAGGGCUUAGAAAGGAUCCUGCAAAGAAAUUAAGAUUGACGUUAAUAUUCUUCAUGAUGCAGGGACAGCAGAGGUGGCGGAUGCUGUCUGUGCCCUGCUCACGGACCCUGUGCCACCUCUAGCUUACCUGCAGUUUCCAAAACCCACUUCUGGAGGUGUCUGCUGGCUGCCAGAGCCUGCUGGGCUGCAUGUGGGCCAGGCCGGGCAGUCCUUGACCAGUGAAGGGCAGGAUUUGGUGUGUAAACACUCCAGCUUCCUUACCCCUCAGCUGAGAGGACACUGAGGUUCUCUCAGGAGUGGCCCCAGUAGGAUUGGUUCCCAUUGCUUACAGCAGCAGUCCAUUUAUUAACACACUGCAUACUGUCUUCUGUCCUUCCGUCUCACUUCACCCUCAUGGGGCCUCCUGGGAUUGUCACCCUAAUGAAGGACAAGUCCUAGGGUAGGAGCUACUUCUGUUGUGGAUCCAGGGGGAACCAGACUGUCCGUAGACAAUAAGAAGUGGUCAGACAAACAGCCCUCCUAGGCCCAGUGUUUGCUUUACGGCCAUAUCGUGAAAUUUAAAACAAUGGUGGUCCCAAGGGCAAUCAAGUCAAGUUACGCAGGAUCACAUUUCUGUCAUUCACACUCUCACACCCAUAUGCCCUCAACUAAUUUAUUUUGCCAGUAAUAAACUUUAAAAUACUUAAGAAUAUGACCUAUUUUAUCCCCAGCCCAUCCUUUUUCGCUUUGUAUUUUUGUGGUUUUUAUUACAUGUUACGUGUAAGUAAUUUAUAAAUAUUUGUAUGUUGGAGGAAUAUGCUGGUUUCCCCCUGGAUAAGUGUGUGAUCAGUAAGAUUGAGAAUCUCUUGAAGUGCCUGGGUGGCUCGGUCGGUUGAGCGUCUGCCUUGGGCUCAGGUUGUUAUCCUGGGGUUCUGGGAUUCCCGCCCCCCCCACCGCCCAAGGCUCCCUGCUCAGUGGGAGUGUGUGUGUGCGUGCACACACGCUUAAAUAAAUAAAAUCUUAAAAAAUAAGAUAAAUCUCUUGGUCUGCUCUAAGUUCCAUCUCUUUUUAGCUGUUUGGAAAAGAUAAGAAAUUCCAUUAUCUUCCCUGGUCUAGCUCUGGGUAUAUGCGUCAACACGCAUGUAUGAAAAACUAAGCAACUCUUAGCAGAAUUCUAUCCUUGUUUCCAUUUCUCAUCUAUAUAAAUGAAAUAUUAACUUAAUGGACUUGUUCACAGAUUUAUAACUUAUUCUUAGGGAACAUGAUUAAAAAAUAAUGAACUUUUAUAUUAACUUAAAUUUUCAAUUAUAUAUUAAUGUGUCAGACCAAAGACUUAGUUAUCUUAAAAAGAUUUGUUAUCUGACGUGUUGGAAGGAAUUAAGAAUCCUGGUUAAUAAAAAAUUCUUUUAAACUAAAACUUAUACCAAUGGGAUUUCUUGAACACUACAGAAAAUUUAAUACUUAUAAAAAGAAUGAGACUUACAGGGAAAGAGAAAUGGUACAUCCUAAGUUAUACAGAUAACAGAUACAGGGGUGCUGGUUAGAACCAGAAUAAUGGAGUGAGGGCUUGCAAAUCUUCAGAGUGUUCCAUUUACCUGUAAAAAGGGGGUGAACUUCUUGGAAUCAUUGUGAGAAUCUAGUGAAAGAAAAUUGCACAUGAAAGGUAUUCCAGACAUUCAUCUGAUAAAUGCAAUACAAAACUAAGAUAGUGCUUACCUUAUUGCUUCCUUUGUAUAUAGUUUUCAGCCUUCAACUAUCAAAUGUGGUAUUAUUAAUACCAUUCCAGGAAAUUUUGAUGCAGACACUCUGCUUUAUGGAUUAUCUAAGAAUGAGGGUAAAAGACCGACAUUUUCAGAUGAACAAAAACAGAAUUUUCCACCAAAAUUGCCUCACUAAAGGAACUUCUAAAAGAUAAACUUCAAGAAGGAGGAAUAUUAUCACAGAAGGUCUGAGAUGUAAGAAGUAAUAGUGAGUAAAGGAAAUAGUAAGCACUUGAGGGGUGCCUGGGUGGCUCAGGUGUUAAGCAUCUGCCUUUGGCUCAGGUCAUGAUCUCAGGGUCCUGGGAUCGAGCCCCGCAUCAGGCUCCCUGCUCAGCGGGAAGCCUGCUUCUCCCUCUCCCACUCCCCCUGCUUCUGUUCCCUCUCUUGCUGUGUCUCUCUUUGUCAAAUAAAUAAAUAAAAUCUUAAAAAAAAAACAAAACUCAAAGGACAUCGGAGAAAACAGUAGAAAUUAAUGAAAUAGAAAACAAAACAGGAACAACAAAGUCAAAUGAGCAAGAGCUCAGUUUUUAGGAAUGAAUAAGAACAUAAUUGAAUAGAGCAGAGAUUUUUUUUUUUAGCAUAUUAACAACUUUAUAUCAAUAAAUUUGAAAACAGACAAUGGACACCUCUUAUCAAAACACUCAAAAAAAAAAAAAGAAACUGAAAAAUACAUAAUCAUUGUUGAACUAAUACUUUGAACUCUCCCAGUCAGAGUUACUUCCAGUACUAGCAGAACAUGUAAAACAAACCAAACAAAAACAACUGGAUAAAACACACAUUUAUAUUUAAGGUAUCAAAGAGCUAACCAGUUAGGAAUUACCAGAUGAAGGUUCAGAAGAGGAAGGACAUCCCGAUGUCAGUUGAAGGGUCUGAGAGCGCACUGUACUUUGUUGGUGUCACUUUGCCGGGGAGCCUUAGUAAACCACUCCCCUCACUAGGAACCCUGCUUGGUGGAGUCCUAGGAUUAAGGGUGAAAUUGAAGCAGAUCAGCCUUGCACAGGCCACAUCUUGGCCUCUCAUCAUCUGGGUGGUUUGAAAAAUCACAAGCCUUGAAAAUUUCUCAAAAUCUGUUUUAAAAACGAACUAGGGCGUAUAGAAGAAACAAGAAUGGCACAGUGUUGGUAACUUAAGUCUGGGUGGAGGGUGGGUUAAAGUGGUCUCAGAUUUUUAGUGCCCCCAUAUCCCAACCAAAACAAAAGUUCUCUGAGGAGGAUGAUAAUAUCAUCUGAGCCUUCAAAUUAUUUCUAAAAGUGCAUUCUCAAAUGCACUAUCCAAAACAGGCACACAUACACAACUCCUACAGACCUAGAGUACUUAGGAAGAACAACAUGGGGUGUGGGAGUGGGGGCCAGUGGAGUUAGUGUUCAGACUCUGGGUGCAUGUAUACCAAUAAUUAUAUUUAAAUGGACUAAGUUCUCUGGUUUAACAUACAUUUUCAGACUGGAUUUUAAAAUGCAUAUUUGCUAUUUUAAAGAGACCUCUAGACAUAAGAAUACAAGAAACGAUAUUAAGGGAAUGGAAAAAAGAUCCUCAAACAUGAGUGAAGGGAAGACUGAUCUAUGUAUAUUAAUAUCCAAAGAUAUUAAGCUGGAAAGUAUCUUUACUAGAGGUAAAGAUUAGUAACAAAAUUGAUAAAUCUUUUAGUUCACCAGGAUAAUAUGAAGUUUACAGAAGUGUAAAGGAGUCCAUUCAGAAUCAUGGGUAGAUUUUAACACCCUAGUGUUUGAUACAAGGAGCAAAAGCAGUAAGCAUACUGAAGACUGAACACAGUCAACACAUGUCGUACCACCCACCAAGUGCAGAACACAUUAUUUUCUAGCGUGAUUAUAACAUUUUUUAGUGACCUUAUACUGGGCCAUAAAUCUGUCAACAGAGUUCACAGGAUUGAAAUCACAGAGUAAGUUCUCCAUUGACAAUAUUUAGGGGGAAAUUUACAGCCUUAAAUCCUUAUAUUAGAUCAGAAGAAAGUCUAAAAAAUGAGCUAAAUAAGCAUUUACUUGAAAAUGAAUAGCAAAUUAAAUCCCCUUCCCUGUGUAGAAGAAAUGUAAUAAUAAAAGCAGGAAUUAAUAAAAGGGGAAAUGUAAUAAAGGAUCAACAAAGGCAAUGGUUAUUUCUUUGAAAUGGCUAAUCAAAUUGGUAACCCCCUGGCUAGGCACAAAUAACCAAUAUCAGAAAUGAAAAAGGGGACACCUCUGCAGAUUCUACUGACCUUCAAAAAAUAAGUUAUUAGUAAUUAUUUCGUGUUCAAGAUUUUUGAUAAGGGGUAAAAUGGGCAAACUAAUAGAAAAAUAACAGCUUAUUAAAGCCUGCACAGGAGACAUUUUAAAAGCCUGAAUAGUCUUUAACUAUUAAAGAAAUUGGACCGGAAAUAAAAGACCCCUAAGGAAACUCCAGGCUUUGAUGGUUUCUCCAAUGAGUUAUCAAGCAUUUGAAGGGAGAAUGGUGUCAAUUUUAUGUGAACUCUUUGAGAGAAUAGAAAAAAGAGGGUCAGGGUCAGAUUCCAAUUCAUUUAAUUAGGGUAUCAACACUUUGAUGCCAAAACUGGACAAGACAUAUGAGGGGGAGAUUACAUAUAUGAAGGACAUAUAUGCAAAAAUACUGAACACAAUCAACAAACAAUUCAAUGAAAUAGAAAUUGGAUACUACGUCAUGACCAAGUUGGAUUUAUCCCAGAAACAGAUUGGUUUAGCAUUUGAAAAUCAAUCAGUAUAAUUUACCACAUAAACUGGAUUAAAGGGAAAAACAAGAUCUCAGACCAUGUAGAAAAGUAUUUUAUAGGAUUCAGUAUCUUCAUGGUAAUAUAUCAGUGUAAAUUUCACAGAUUAAAAGUAAAAAACAGUGUGAUUAUUUCAGACACAAAAAAGCUUUUAAUAGGGCGCCUGGGUGGCUCAGUCGUUAAGCGUCUGCCUUAGGCUCAGGUCAUGAUCCCAGGGUCCUGGGAUCGAGUCCCACAUCGGGCUCCCUGCACCACGGGAGGCCUGCUUCUCCCUCUCCCACUCCCCCUGCUUGUGUUCCUGCUCUCGCUGUGUCUCUGUCAAGUAAAUAAAAUCUUAAAAAAAAAAAAAGCUUUUAAUAAAAUACAACAUCUUUUCAUGAUAUUCUUACCAUAGAAUAGAAGAUAAUUUCCUUGAGCAGAUAAAAGGUCUCUACAAAAAUCCCAUAGUAAACAUUAUUAAAUAGUGAAAUAGCAGGAUUCCCUUUAAAAUCAACAGAACAAGAACGCCUGCGAUCGCUCGUACUCAACGUUGCUCUGAAAGUGUCAGCACAGCAAGGCAAGGAGAAGGAAUAAAAGGCGUAAGGAAGAGACAAAACUCAUAAUUGUAUGAUUGUGUAAUGUGGAAACCUAAAAUUGUCUAUAAACCUAUUAGAAUUAAUAGUUUAGCAAAUUUGCUAGUUAAAAGAUUAACUUUUUCUGGGCAGCUGGAUGGCUCAUUUGGUUGAGUAUCAAACUCUUGGUUUCACUUCAGGUCAUGAUCUCAGGGUUGUGAGAUUGGGCCCCAUGUCAGGCUCAACGCUGGGCAAGGAGCCUGCUCAGGAUUCUCUUUCUCCCUCUCUUCCUACCCGGCGCCCCCCCCAGCACUCUCUCUCUCUCUCUCUCUCAAAAAAAAAAAAAAAAGAUUAAUUUUUUUCUAAAUACUAGCAGAAUUAGAAGAAUAGUUUAAAAAUUUACAAUUUCAGUCAUAACUAGAAAUAGGAGAUCCCUAGAAAUCUCAAAAAUUCACAAGACCCUGAGAAAAUUAUAAUGCUAUAUUUAAAGAAGCUUUAAAGAAAACCUAAAUAAGUGGCGAGAGAUACCAGCUUCAUACAUACACUCUGUAUUUUCGAGCUAUCAGUUCUGCAGUGGAUAAACCCAUCCAGUGUUAUUCCUGUCAAAAUCCCAACAAAGUAGUUUUCUUUGUCUUCGUUUUGGAACUUGGCAAUCUGAUUCUUGAAUCGAAUAGAGCAAGGCAUCAAAAAUAGUCAAGACCCUUGUAUCAGUUCAGGUCUUAAGGAGACAGAGGCUAAAAUGUGGUUAGAAGUAUAAAAUGUGAAAGAAAGGGAAGAGGAGGAUUUGGCGGGGAAAGCCUUCAGGCUGAGAUGCAGGUGUGACACUGGUGGGCAGAGGGGAGAAGGAAGGAGAAUUGGCAGCAGGAACUUCAGCCUGGUAGCAGAGCUCUGAGAAAGUCUUGGCCUGAUCAACAGGGAGCCCCAGUACAGAGAUGGUAGGGGAGUCCAUCGUCGGGCAGAAAUGGCCAGGCCUUGGCGAGUUGCCUGGGAAGAGCAUUACCUCAGCUCAAAUGCUGCAGCAGAUCCAGAAGGUGCUUUAGCUGGAGGCUGUCAACUCCACCAGUGAGUGGUGGCAUAUCCCCUCUCAAAGGGAGGUCUGAACACUGCCCUUCCAAGGCUGCUCUGUGUUCCAAACUAAGACUGAGGUAGGGAGACUUAUCCUAUUAUAUGGAAAGAUGUUCUAUAGCUAAAGUAAUUGAAGUAAUGUUAUUGGUACAGAGAUAAACAAGUAGACCAGAAAGAGCUCCAGAACAAACCCACCCAGGAAUGGAGCUUGAUACAUGUCAAAAGGAGCAAAUCAUUGUGGAAAAGAUGGACUAUUCAAAUUGUAGCAUGAAUAGAUGAUACAUAUGGAAAAAACCUGGAUCCUUAUAUAAUAUUAAAAGAAUCCAUUUCAGUGAUUAAAGACAUAAAUGUAAAGGCAAAAGAUUAAAAACCACAGGGGAAUAUGAGAAUAUAUUUGUGAUAUUAUAGGGAAGUACUUCAAACAGACAAAAAAAUAACUAAUGCAAAAACAUAAAUUUGAGGGGCGCCUAGGUGGCUCGGUCAUUAGGCAUCUGCCUUCAGCUCAGGUCACGAUCCCAGGGUCCUGGGAUCGAGCCCCGCAUCGUGCUCCCUGCUCCGCGGGAAGCCUGCUUCUCCCUCUCCCACUCCCCCUGCUUGUGUUCCCUCUUUCGCCGUCUCUCUCUGUCAAAAAAUAAAUAAAAUCUUAAAAAUAAAUAAAUUUGACAUUAAAACUUUUUAUGCAUCGAAAGAAAAAGUAACAAGCUACAAACAAAGUAUAUUUGCAAUCCAUGUGAACGUGCUCGGUAUCCAAAACAAAUUGCAUAUAUGCAUCAUAUGAAUAUACACAUAUACGUUGUAUAUAUUUUUCUAUUCAUUAACUUUCCUAAUUUGUUUUAUAUGUGUAUGAUACUCUAUGAAUAUAUGGUAUACACACAAUAAGGAAAAUUUAAUGAAAAGAAAAAUGGGCAAAACUGAUUUGAGGGCAUUUCACAGAAGAAAUGGGAAUGAUCAAAAAACAUAAAAUGAGGUUCAGUCUCAUUGUUCAUUUGGAAUACAAACGAAGAUCUCAGUCAGAUGUCAUUUCUUCCGUAGUUGGAGGACAGAAACUUAAAAGGCUGACGGUAGCAAGCAGUGAAGAUGUGCAACAGACUUAAGUGCUGAUGGCAAUGUGAGCCCGUGAUGGUGCUGCACUUGGGAAACUAAUUUGCCAUUAUUUCAUCAAGCUAAACACCUACACCCUUUACUCUGGUAUAUGUCCUGGAGAAGUUCGUGUUUAUAUGCAUCAGGAAAGAUGUAUAAAUACUUAGCAUUGUUUUUAACAGCAAAAGCCAGAAUCCACUAAAACAUCCAUUCACCAUAGUAUGGAUAAACAGAUGAUAGUUUAUUCAUACCACGAAGCACUCAGCAGUGUUAAAAUUGAAUGCACUACUGCAAGUACAUAAACAUUAGAUAAAUAUGUUUUUUAAAGAUUUAUUUAUUUUGGUCACCCACACACGUGAGUGCAAGAGGGGCCAAGGGAGAGAGUGUUUAAGCAAACUCCCCGCUGAACACUGAGCCUAACACAGGGCUUGAUCCCAAGACCAUGAGAUCACAACCUGAGCCAAAACCAAGAGUCGGCCACUCAACGGACUGAGCCACUCAGGCGCCCCUGGAUAAAUUUUUAAGCAUAAUGUUAAAUUUUCUUAAAAUAUUGCCAAAGAACAUAUUCAGUAUAAUACCUGUUUUUUUGAUAGCUUUAUUGAAAUAUAAUUUGCACUUUGGUGGUUUUUAGUAUAUCCAGAGUUGUGCAACUGUUUAAUUUUAGAAAAUUUUCAUCACUCCCCCCAGAAAAACCCAUACCCUCUCUCCUCAGCCCCUAGCAACCACUAAUCUACUUUCUGUCUCCAUGCAUUUCCCUAUUCUGGGCCUCUCAUAUAAAUAGAAUCACACAAUAUGUGGUCUUUUGUGGGCUUCUUUCACAAAGCAUCAUGUUUUCAAGAUUCAACCAUGUUGCAACAUGAGUCAGUACUCUGUUACUUUGUAUUGCCUUAUAGUAUUCCGUUUUGAGAAUAUGCCACUUUAAAAAUCCAUUCAUCAGUACGGACAUUUGGGUUGCCUCCAGUUUGGGGCUGUUAUGAAUGAUGCUGCUGUGAACACUCAUAAGUUUUAAUGUGCACAUUCUUUUUAAAAUAAGGUUCAAAGACAAGCAAAACUAAACAGUAUAUGCUAAGAUUAGAAAGAAAAGGAAGCAGCAGAAUGAGAUUUGUCGAUGUUCUAUCCAGUUCAUUAAGGUUCAUUUUUAAUAAGCCUCAGGUCAUUAUCGUACAUUACAGUAAUCAUAACAUACACACAAAGGCGCAGCUGGAAAGGGUGCUCUGGCCUCCACAUUUUGAAAAGUUUGGUGAUUGUGGGAGGGUCGCUGGCCUCUAAAAUCUGCAAGUAGGUUUUGAUUCUUAGGGAUACCUGGGUUCUCAUUUCGCACAUGAAUUCUUCUACUGUACUCCCACUUUCCAAACAUGCCCAUUCUUGAGCAGUUUUUGAGUUCUGAUGGGAAAAUCAGCAUGUCUGUGGGUUGCCUGCUGAGGCUUCCAUGUCCUCUGUUUAUUGGGUCCACAGGCCUCCCCCAGUCACCAGCCUUCUAGCUUCAGGGAUCGGAGAUCGUGUUCCUGUUGUCUUUCCUCCUUGCUUUAUCUUUCCGGGUUUUGACUGCACCCCCUUUUCUGACAGUUCAGCCAGAUUUCAGGAGGAAUUAAGAGGUGAAUAGAUAGGUUCAACGGCUGUGAUUAUCCAGAAAUUUUAGAAUUUAAACUGAGUCGAGGUUUCCUAUUUGUAGCUAAGAGCAUCUUGAUCUGACAUGUUAUCAAUAGUAUUUUCCCAUAGAAAUAUUCUACAGUAUGAGAUGUAAAGGCUACAUGGCAUUCCCUUUUGCAGAUGUUUACUAAUCAUUUUGAAUUGGGGGUUUCCAAUGUGCCAGUUAUUUAUUUAUUUUUAAGUAGGCUCUACACCCAGCAAGGAGCCCAACAUGGUGCUUGAACUCACAACCCUGAGAGCAAGACCUGAGCUGAGUGCAAGAGUCAGAUGCUCAACCAGCUGAGCCACCUAGACACCUUCCAAUUAUUUUUUUAAAACAGAACAUGGAAAUACAUUUGCUGCAAUGUUUUCAUGUUAUCAAAUGUCUCAAGAAGGUUUAUACCAGUUUAUACUCCUGCCUUCGGUGGAGGAGGAUCUUGGCAUCUCACACCGUAACAACAGGUAUACGUAUUUACAUUUUAUAUGUUAUUUUCUAAUUAUAUUCAUCUGAACAAGAAAUCAGUCAUAAUCCCAUCAUCCAAUGAUCUCUGUUAUUAAUAUUCUGGACUAUUCUGGACCGGUCUUUAUGAUGUAUUCACAUUGUUUUUGAGAUAGUGUUUUGGCUUUUGUUUUUGCUUUGUUCGUUUUGUUUUUUUUUUUUCUUUUCUUUGCUGUACAUACAUACUUGUUAACAGCAUGCUGUGGACACCUUUCCACAUUGGUACAUACUGAUCUAAUCAUUUCCAAAGCUCUGUGUAUCAUUGUUUGCUUAACCCACUCCUAGUGAUGGACAUCUAGAUUGUUUAUAUAUUUUUCUAAAUCCUUAUACAUACAGCUUUGUAGGGGUCCAAUUCUUUCCUUUAGGUAAAUAAAGAGAUAUUGCUAGGUUAAAGGAUGUUUACUUUUUUGAGUUCUCAGUAUAUUAAUAUGUCCUGCUGAAGGUUGUGGGAAACAGUAGAGCUGAUCAUAAAGGUGAGGCUUUGGCAGUAUCAUUUGAUCUCCUGCAUUAUUCGGUUCCUGGACUUCUAACUUGUGCGAGCUAAUGAAUUUACAUUUUGCCUAGUACGGCAAGAUUAUUAAUCUGUAAUUUCAAACUCUUGCUAAGCUAAAGAGGAAGGCACUUGACCUACCUAUGUUAGUAUUUAAGUAACACAAAGUUCAGAUUUCAGCUGUGAUGGGGAUAGCAAAAUGCUGUGCUUCCUGUGAGUGCUAACAAAUCACUCAAAAUUUAGGAAGUUUGCACGUAUUUUAUAUAGAUACGUCUAAAUUGAGAAUAUGGGUUAAUAUUUAGAGUAGCCGUAGCCUGAUAUAUUACAUUGCAUCUGAAGUCUUGAAUUGACAUGAAUUAACCUAUACAUCUUUAAAUAUUUGCAAAAUUAUAUUUGAUAUGAGCCUGUAAUAAAUGACCAUAUUACAAUUCAGAAGCUGGAAAGUGUAGUGAGAGUUGCCAUGGGAACCUUAAUGUGAUAGUCCCUUGCUUCCAUUUAAAUUUCAUUUUUAAUAUUACAUUAACAUUUUUGCAUUUAAUGGAUAGAUAUUUGAAUUAAUAUUGAAGUGCUUGCUAAUAUAAAUAAAAUAUAAGAAAUGAAAAUGUGAUUUUUCUUCCAAUGAACAAAUGAACGUAUAACCCAAGAUCUUGUAGAAAUAACAGCACUUGAGUUUUAAAUUAUUGGAUUCCAUUAAUUUAUUUUGAAGUUUCUUAAAGGAUCUCUUUUAAAAGAUUAAGAAAUAUUUAUGGAUAGUCACAUAAUUCAUGUCUUUACAUCUCAAAUACAGCCCAGAAUUUCCUGAAGUCUGUUUGGGGAGUUUUCUUCACUGUGACUUAGUUUAUUCUUUUGUUUUUUUCUGACCAGUUGACCUCUGAGGUCUCUCCGACCUCUAAGUCCAUCUUAGUGUACUAAUUAUUUAUAGGGUGAUAGGCUUCAUCUCACUUAAAAUUCUAACUACAUUACCAAAUACAGAUUUGUCUGUUCAAGUUCAUUGUAUGAAAAUCUAACUGAUGCCAGAGAUACAGGUAUUCUUUUAUUACAGAGGAUUCUUGACUAUACAAGAAUAUUCAUACAUAGGAUUACAUGUGAAUAGUGCGUUUGAAAUAGAAGUAACUGGGGGCGCCUGGGUGGCUCAGUCGUUAAGCUUCUGCCUUCGGCUCAGAUCAUGAUCCCGGGGUCCUGGGAUCGAGCCCCGCAUCGGGCUCCCUGCUCUGCGGGAGCCUGAUUCUCCCUCUGCCUCUCCCUCUCCCUCUGCCUCUGCUGCUCCCCCUGCUUGUGCUCUGUCUCUCUCUCUCUC